AUGAAAGGCGCCUCCUACUUGCUACCUUCGGUGCUCAAGACGCUCAUCUUCCCGCCUCUCCUCGCCCACAUCCUCCUCCGCCAACUCCGACCUCCUCUCCUCGUCCAGCUCAUAUGCUACUGGCUGUCGCUUCCUGUGCUGUACAUCCUCCGUACCGAGCUAUCACUCUAUCGCACUCAGAGCCCAGCUCGUCGGGCUGGUGCCUGUCCUCCUCCGAACGUCAAGGGGCGAUACCCCCUCAAUAUCGAUGUUCUCCUCGACUGGGCAAAGUCCGGGUCGGAAGAGGAGGUUGGGCGGAUGAUGGUGCUCCUAGGCAGGCAGUAUGGGGGGACAUACAAUACCAGGGUACUAGGAGAGGAUCAGGUCAUUACCACUGACCCGAGGGUGAUUCGACAUGCGCUCGUGGACGACUUUGACAACUUCGUCAAGGGUCAGAAGACACGAAGUAGAGCUCAAGAAUUCCUAGGGGACGGGAUCUUCAACUCGGACGGGGAGAAAUGGAAAUUUCACCGUAGCUUGACUCGACCCUUCUUCCAUCCCACUCAUAUCCGCCCAUCCCUUUUCACACCCCACAUUUUAUCCUCCCUCGCUUCCAUGCCAGAAAUCGGCUCAGCAGAACACGCAGGACCGUCCGAGGCUUUCGAUAUGCAGAAAGCAAUGGGCGAGCUUUCGCUGCACAUGGCCGUAGACUGGCUAUGCGGAGUCAAGCUGGACGAGCCACAUUCACGUGGAGAGGAGUGGGAGGAGGCAAGAAGAGGUGUUGGAGAGGCGAUGCGUUUGGCCCAGUCGGCGGUCGGGAGACGAAUGAAGAUCGGUAAUCUAUGGCCUCUGUUCGAGCUGAAAGCGGAUCCGCUCGCUAAGCCGAUGCGGACCAUCCACGCGUUCUUCCGUCCCCUCAUACAGGAAGCUAUUGAUCGGAAGGCGGCGCCGGAGGUCGAUCAAGGCAAGAUGAGGCUCAUUGAUCGGCUGGUCGCUGCAACGGACGACCUCAGAAAGAUAGAGGACCAGUUGAUCAACAUCCUGCUCGCUGCUCGCGACACCACUGCCUCUUUGCUCACGUUCUGCGUCUACGGGCUGGCGCUACAUCCUGAGGUGUUUGACAAGGUCCGAGAAGAGAUCCUAUCUACCGCUGGGAUGGAAGGAGAGAUCAACAAGGAGAUCAUCCGAGACUGCCCAUAUACUCGACGAUUCAUCAACGAGACCCUCCGCCUCUUCCCACCCGUCCCGCUCAACAUCAGGCGCACACUCCGGCCCACCCUCCUCCCCACAUCGACAGGCGAGAGGAUGUACAUGCCGGCCAAUACGGCAUUGGUGAUGUGUACCGUACUCAUGCAGCGGGACAAGGCUGUCUGGGGGGAAGAUGCCGAAGACUUCAGGCCAGAACGAUGGGACGGCGGAGAAGUAGAUGAGGGUAUGAAGGGGAGGGAGGGAUUUGCUGCUUGGAAUUUGGGGCCGAGGAUGUGCUUGGGCCAGCCAUUCGCUCUGAGCGCCACACAUACCUUCCUCAUCCUCCUGGUUCGCCAUCUCACCUCUCAAUCCGACGCCACUAAAGGCGGAAAAGGAAGUCGGAUAGAGCUCGCACCGGAUGCUCAGCCAAAGGGGACGCGUAUACCGCCGGCGUGGACUGGUGAAGACGGGAAAGGGGGUGAUGGGCGGGCAAGAAGCGGGAGGGAUCAGGUCUGGAUCGUCUCGGAUGUGGUGUUGGCUGUCAAGGGCGGACUGUGGGUGCGUUUUGUGAAAUAA